CAGAAAGGCGGUUUGAUGACGUCAUAAAAGAGGAGGAUCGGACAGGAAGUCCAAAGUCUUCCUUCCUCUUUUCCUCGAAACGCACCAAACUUCAUUUCUGCUUGAAUUCUUCUCAUUUACACCGAUUUCAAUCUGCAGAAAGUCAUCGUAAAAGGCAGGAUGUCUUUGACCAUGACGCGAAGUGAUGGGGUCACCGUCAUGACGCUGACCUCCAACUCCAAGAGUCGUUUGCCUCCACUGUGCCAGAUCCUGUGCGGGCUGUGCUACAGCCCCUUCUGCUGCUCAGUGUCCCAGCACCUCAGGGCGGCCAUGGGGACGUCCCAGUCUACACUCGGGGCGCUUCAUAUAAUGGUGGGCUUGCUCAACAUCGGCCUGGGCACCAUCCUCCUGUGCACAGGACCUGCCUCCUGGUGGCAGAUGAAUGACACUGCAUUCCCUGAGUGGCUGGGAGGAUUGUUCAUAUUAUUUGGCAUCGUCUGCAUUUUGUCCGAGAAGUACCCGAGUCCAUGUCUGGUGACUGUCAAUGUGAUACUGAACAUGGUGGGCGUGGCCUUCGCCAUCACUGCCAUCGUACUGUACAUCCUCAACUUGACACACAUCAACUUGUGGUACAUGUGUGGGCAAGACCGACAUGAUUAUUACUGGGGGAGAAGACCCACACCCGAACCCACCAUGAGUGCCAGUGAGGAGCGCAUGAAGGAGCGAUGCAUGCAGGGAAAAUAUUUGUUUGCGAUGCUGGUGACAGGCAUCAACGGGGUCCUGAUAGUGCUGGCUGCCCUGGAGCUCUGCCUGACUAUAAGCUCCUGCGUGUUGUCCAUCAAGGCUCUGAGGCGCAACGACCAGCCCAUGAAAAGCCAGGAUCCUGAGAAGUACAGCCCACUUCUGGAGGAAGACCAUCCUUGUGCCUGAGGACAUCUUCUUCCUUGUGGUCCUUCAUCAACAUCUAGCAACUUCUUCCUUGUAGUCACUCAGCAGCUUCUAGCAACUUCCUUCAUUUCCUAAAGUCACAUUAAACACAUAACCUUCAUCAACUUCUAGCAACUUCUUCCUUGUGGUCCUUCAUCAACUUCUAGCAACUUCUUCCUUGUGGUCCUUCAUCAACUUCUAGCAACUUCUUCCUUGUGGUCCUUCAUCAACUUCUAGCAACUUCUUCCUUGUGGUCCUUCAUCAACAUCUAGCAACUUCUUCCUUGCAGUCACUCAGCAGCUUCUAGCAACUUCUUCCUUGUGGUCCUUCAUCAACAUCUAGCAACUUCUUCCUUGUAGUCACUCAGCAGCUUCUAGCAACUUCCUUCAUUUCCUAAAGUCACAUUAAACACAUAACCUUCAUCAACUUCUAGCAACUUCUUCCUUGUGGUCCUUCAUCAACAUCUAGCAACUUCUUCCUUGUGGUCCUUCAUCAACUUCUAGCAACUUCUUCCUUGUGGUCCUUCAUCAACUUCUAGCAACUUCUUCCUUGUGGUCCUUCAUCAACAUCUAGCAACUUCUUCCUUGUGGUCCUUCAUCAACUUCUAGCAACUUCUUCCUUGUGGUCCUUCAUCAACAUCUAGCAACUUCUUCCUUGUGGUCCUUCAUCAACUUCUAGCAACUUCUUCCUUGUGGUCCUUCAUCAACAUCUAGCAACUUCUUCCUUGUGGUCCUUCAUCAACAUCUAGCAACUUCUUCCUUGUGGUCCUUCAUCAACAUCUAGCAACUUCUUCCUUGUGGUCCUUCAUCAACAUCUAGCAACUUCUUCCUUGUGGUCCUUCAUCAACAUCUAGCUACUUCUUCCUUGUAGUCACUCAGCAGCUUCUAGCAACUUCCUUCAUUUCCUAAAGUCACAUUAAACACAUAAGAAGAAAAGUGUAAGAAAAGUUGUCAUGGAAGGAGAAAGUGUUUCAAUAUUCCCUCUGGGAUGCUCCUGCUCACAUAUAAAUAAUCACUACAUGGUCAAGUACAUCACUGAUACGCUCCCACUAUAGAAGCCCUCUAGAUCACUAAGAUCUUCUGGAUCAAAGCCCUCUAGAUCACUAAGAUCUUCUGGAUCAAAGCCCUCUAGAUCACUAAGAUCUUCUGGAUCAAAGCCCUCUAGAUCACUAAGAUCUUCUGGAUCAAAGCCCUCUAGAUCACUAAGAUCUUCUGGAUCAAAGCCCUCUAGAUCACUAAGAUCUUCUGGAUCAAAGCCCUCUAGAUCACUAAGAUCUUCUGGAUCAAAGCCCUCUAGAUCACUAAGAUCUUCUGGAUCAAAGCCCUCUAGAUCACUAAGAUCUUCUGGAUCAAAGCCCUCUAGAUCACUAAGAUCUUCUGGAUCAAAGCCCUCUAGAUCACUAAGAUCUUCUGGAUCAAAGCCCUCUAGAUCACUAAGAUCUUCUGGAUCAAAGCCCUCUAGAUCACUAAGAUCUUCUGGAUCAAAGCCCUCUAGAUCACUAAGAUCUCCUGGAUCAAAGCCCUCUAGAUCACUAAGAUCUCCUGGAUCAAAGCCCUCUAGAUCACUAAGAUCUUCUGGAUCAAAGCCCUCUAGAUCACUAAGACCUCCAGGAUCAAAGCCCUCUAGAUCACUAAGAUCUUCUGGAUCAAAGCCCUCUAGAUCACUAAGAUCUUCUGGAUCAGUUCCCAGAGUCCAGUCCAAUCAAGGGAGAGCAUCAUUCAGUCCCGAUGCAACAAAUAAACUUCCUGAAGAUCUCAGACUCUCCCCAACUCUUGACUACUUUUAAAACUACACCUAAAUGUUCACCUCAGCUUUCAGUUAAAUCUUUGAAUCUUUUCACUUUUAAUGUCUGCACUGUUUUUAUUUUUGUUGUCGGCAUUUUAAUUUUCUUUCAUUUCACUUUGUUGUCUGUGAAGCACUUUGAGUCUGCCUUGUUGUACAAAUAAAGUUGCCUUACCUUGGA